AGCAGAAUAUAGAAAAAACCGUAAUGCUUCUCUUUCAUCUUUCGUAAUUGUCCUUGUUUCGCUAGAAUCUCUCGCCCCCAAAUAUCUCACUCGCCGUCGCAGGCUUCGCCGCCGGCAAUUUCUUACCCUAUUUCAUCUUCCCUCUCCUCUGAUAUACCCAAAAAAAACAUAAAAAACAGCCGCACUAAAAAAACGAAAAAACUAAAACUUUCGCUUAGGUUUUGUUGAUUUUGUCUUCCGAUUCGAUUUCUUUUCUUCUUCCAAUUCUAGGGUUUUCGAUUUGGUUUCAGUCUAAUAACGAGAGGGGAGGGAAGAGUAACUAAAACCCCAAAAAAAAGUCAAAAAAGUUUCGAAAAUCCAAAAAAAAAAAGAGAGAAUGGCGCAGGUUCAACUUCAGGGUCAGACUCCGAAUGGUUCCACCGUGGCGGUCACUUCUGCUCCGGUGACGUCAGGUGGAGCAACGGCGGCCGGGUUUGGUACCACGUCGCUUUAUGUGGGGGAUCUCGAUGUCAAUGUGACGGACUCGCAGCUCUUCGAUGCGUUUAGCCAAAUGGGUCCAGUGGUCUCCGUUCGUGUCUGUAGGGAUUUGGCCACUCGCCGAUCCCUUGGCUAUGGAUACGUUAACUUCACCAAUCCUCAAGACGCUGCCAGAGCGAUCCAAGAACUGAAUUACAUACCUCUUUAUGGAAAACCUAUUAGGGUUAUGUAUUCUCAUCGUGAUCCUAGUGUUCGCCGAAGUGGCGCUGGGAACAUUUUCAUCAAGAAUUUGGACGAGUCCAUCGACCACAAAGCACUGCAUGAUACUUUUUCAGUGUUCGGAAACAUUGUGUCGUGCAAGGUAGCUGUUGAUUCUUCAGGCCAAUCAAAAGGCUAUGGGUUUGUGCAAUACGCCAAUGAAGAAUCUGCCCAGAAAGCUAUAGAGAAACUGAACGGCAUGUUGCUCAAUGACAAGCAAGUGUAUGUGGGUCCUUUCCUGAGGAGACAAGAAAGAGACUCCACUGCUAACAAAACGAAAUUCACCAAUGUGUAUGUGAAGAAUCUCGCGGAAAGUACUACCGAUGAUGACUUAAAGAACGCUUUUGGCGAGUAUGGAAAGAUAACAAGUGCUGUGGUGAUGAAAGAUGGAGAUGGGAAGUCUAAGGGCUUUGGGUUUGUUAACUUUGAAAAUGCGGAUGAUGCUGCUAGGGCUGUGGAGUCUCUCAAUGGGCACAAAUUUGAUGAUAAGGAGUGGUAUGUUGGUAGAGCCCAGAAGAAGUCGGAGAGGGAAACAGAAUUAAGGGUCCGUUAUGAACAGAAUUUGAAGGAAGCUGCAGACAAGUUUCAAAGUUCAAACUUGUAUGUGAAGAAUUUGGAUCCUAGCAUUUCAGAUGAGAAGCUUAAAGAGAUCUUUUCUCCUUUUGGUACCGUUACAUCUUGCAAGGUAAUGCGGGAUCCUAAUGGAACAAGCAAAGGCUCAGGUUUUGUUGCUUUCUCAACUCCCGAAGAAGCAACCGAAGCUAUGUCACAGUUGAGCGGUAAAAUGAUCGAAAGCAAGCCACUCUAUGUGGCUAUUGCACAGCGGAAGGAAGACAGAAGGGUCAGUCUCUUGGAAUCACCUCUUCUUGCUCAGUUUUCCCAAGUGAGGCCAGUUGCAAUGCAGCCGUCUGUUGGUCCCCGCAUGCCAGUGUAUCCCCCGGGUGGUCCUGGUAUUGGACAACAAAUGUUCUAUGGUCAGGGCCCUCCUACCAUGAUUCCUCCCCAGCCUGGGUUUGGAUACCAACAGCAGCUUGUUCCUGGAAUGAGACCUGGUGGGGGCCCUGGACCCAAUUUCUUCAUGCCUAUGGUUCAGCAACAGCAGCAGCGUCCUGGGGGAGGAAGACGUCCUGGGGGAAUCCAACACCCCCAGCAGCAAAAUCCCAUGAUGCAACAACAGAUGCAUCCAAGGGGUCGGAUGUUCCGGUAUCCCCAAGGACGUGGUGGUAGUGGUGAGGUGCCUCCAUAUGAUAUGGGCAACAACAUGCCAUUGCCUAUUGGAGCUUUGGCUUCACAUCUAGCUAAUGCUUCUCCAGAGCAACAGAGGACGAUGCUGGGUGAGAGUCUGUACCCGUUGGUGGAGCAGCUUGAGGCAGAGUCUGCAGCCAAAGUGACUGGGAUGCUUUUGGAGAUGGACCAGACUGAAGUGCUCCAUCUGUUGGAGUCACCAGAAGCUCUCAAGGCCAAAGUUGCAGAGGCUAUGGAUGUUCUCAGGAGCGUCGCUGCUGGUGGUGCAGCCGAGCAGCUCGCUUCCUUGAACCUCUCUUAACUUGUUUUUUACCAUUUGAUCUUUUGCUUUUGUCUCUCCCAUACAAUUGGAGUUGUUUCUUUCUCUAUUCGUUCCCUACCUGGGAAUUUGGAUUCCUCCACAUAACUGCUUUUGUGUUAUUUUAAACCUUCGUUUUCAAAACCACAAAGGAAAAACCCAUCUGCUUUGUUCUUCUGAUUUAGUUGCAUGUUCUUGCUUA